AUGAAGACACCGUUCAAGACGCAUAAACCCAUUGUUGUGAGCAAUGAAAAGGUACGAAGCACGGUAUACGCACUAAUAGCAUACUUUAUUCUAACUACACCGGUUUUAUUCACAUUUGGUAAAGUUUUGGACAAAGUGGCGCUUUAUAUUUGUGGGGUGCUGAUACCUUUUGCGCCGAUUAUUUGGAUCCUAUUUGAAGUAACCCACCUCGAAGGGGAGUCUGGACUGUCCUUCAGCAAUAUGUUCGACGCGCACACACCCUACUCGGGUUCUGCUCUGUUGGGGUUCAUAAUACAAAUCAUUCACAUCGCCCUAUUUUUCCUGAUAAGUUGGUACCUUGAGCAGGUCACUGGUUCUUAUACUUUGCCAUGGAAUUUCCUCUGCCAGAAAGCAUAUUGGCGUAAAGCCUCUGUGGAUCCGAUGGAUGAACUUGAAACGGAAGCUGUUCGGAUCCAAGAGCCACAGUACUUCGAGCCGCCCCCAUCGAAUCUCGAAAGUGGGAUCAAAAUAAUGAACGUCACAAAGAUGUAUGGCCCAAACCGCGUGGUAGACGAUGUGUCUCUGGAAGUUUAUAAGGGCGAGAUUACCAUCCUUCUGGGACACAACGGCGCUGGGAAGAGCACGCUCAUGUCCAUAAUCACUGGUGUACUAAAACCCACCAAGGGUCAGGUGCUAGUAAACGGAUACAAUAUUGAGUCCCAGGCUUUGGAAGCGCGGCAACAAAUCGGCAUGUGCCCGCAACAUAAUUUGUUUCUGGACGGCGUGUCCGUGAUUGAGCACGUGAUGUUCUUUACCUUGCUGAAAAAAGGUACUUACCGUGAAGCCCGCAUAUCGGCAGAAAAACUUUUGGAAAAACUUAACUUACAACAAAAGGCAAACAGUCAGAGUUCUGACUUAUCUGGAGGCAUGAAGAGGCGACUUCAACUGGCAUGUGCGUUAGCAGGGCAAGCUAAUGUUUUGAUACUGGACGAGCCCACGUCGGGUCUUGAUGUGGAGACCAGGCGUUCACUGUGGGACAUCUUUGUGUCUCUGCGAGGGUCCCACACAGUGCUGCUGUCGACUCACUUCAUGGAGGAAGCUGACGCUUUAGGCGACCGCGUGGCGGCGCUGCACGCCGGCCAGCUGCGGUGCCACGCCACGCCCAUGUACCUCAAGAGAGCCAUAGGUACCGGCUACCGCCUGACCUUCAUCACGACUGGCAGCCCCAAGGAAGCAGCAAUCACCAGUGUCGUCCAGUCAGUGGUCCCCGAAGCCACUGCCACUGCAAGCGGGUUCAACUCCAUCUUCUACAAGAUUCCUAUGGCGUCUACCAAAAGCUUGCCCGGUCUCUUCUCCAAACUGGAGUCCAAGAAGACCGAACUGGGUAUAGAAUCAAUGGGAGUUGGUGUGUCUACGCUUGAAGAAGUCUUUUUAAAAUUAUGCAGUGGUUAUGAUGGAAGUCCACUUACUGAUGUUGAAGAGGAAGAAGGUCCUGUCUACCAAAAGCAAACUGGAGCCGCUUUGUAUAGCAGGCAAUUUCUGGUUUUAAUAAAACGUUAUUUCAGGUUCCUAUGGGUCUAUAAAUACAGUCAAAUACUAUUUGGAACGUUCUUCAUGUUUCUAUUAAUAUUAACAACAACAUUUGGCUACAACAACACUGCCACGCCCAAAAAGAACAAAACUUUUUUCGCUGUGAACCUGGACAUUUACAGGCCGUUGCUAAACCACCGAAUCCUGUACAAAGUAAACAAUGAUUCUCGUAUGAGGCUGCUAAGUGAAUUGUACCCGAGGGUAACCUUUGAGAAUGUUUCGGACUUAGACGAAGCACCGAAAGAGAUCACAGAUAUGAUGCUGGUGUCUAACGUACACAAGAACUACGUAGACCUCUGCACUAAUUUCUACGCGGUAAAGGGCGUCAGCUUCUCUGUCAAGAAAGGUGAAUGUUUCGGUCUUCUUGGCGUGAACGGCGCGGGCAAAACCAGUAUGUUCCGGAUGCUCACUGCUGACCGGUGUGUUACGAAGGGGCAAAUCUUCGCUAAUGGACGGUUUUUAACACUUCCGUGUUUCGAUAAGUACCUAUUCUCCCUGAGCUACUGUCCCCAAUUCUGGGGCCUGGACGACUUCCUGACCGGCAGACAGAACCUGGACCUCCUGCUCACGCUGCAGGGGUUCAACGAGCGCGAUAUGAACGCACAAACCAAGACCUGGAUCAAACUUGUUGGCCUGGAAAAGUACACGGACCAGCUGGUAUCAGGCUACAGCGGCGGCUGCCUGCGGCGGCUGGCGGCGGCGUGCGCGCUGUGCACGGGCGCGCCGCUCACGCUGCUGGACGAGCCCACGGCCGGCGUCGACGUGGCCGCGCGCCGCCGCGUGUGGUACGCGCUCAAGCGCGGCCUGCGGGACCAGCACGCCAUCAUCAUCACCUCGCACAGUUUGGACGAAAUGGAAACGCUGUGCCACCGCAUUGCUAUAAUGGUGGCUGGGCAGCUGUAUGCGCUCGGCUCGCCGGCUGCCUUGAAGGCCGCUUUCGCAGUGGGACACUCCGUCAUCUUGAAGAUCAAACAUGAAACAGAUGAAUCUGCUGGAUCACACGUAGAUCAACUAAAAACCUUCAUGCAACAGAAGUUCAACUGUACACUCAAAGAUGAGCAUAAGACAAUGCUGAACUACCACAUAAAUGAGACGAUGGAGUACAGCAGACUGUUCCAAGACAUGGAGCAAGUACAAAGUACGUUCCCUUCGCUGAUUGAGGACUACUCAGUAUCAGAAACCACCCUCGAAGAAGUUUUUCUGUCAUUUGCUAAGCGUCAGGAAGAGAUGACAAAAGUCCAAGGCAAAAACAAAGCAACAUCAGAAAAAGAAGGAAAAGCAGAAACAAAAAACAACGUACCUGAUACGAAGAAUGAUGUAGGUGGACCCGUGUAAUAGAGUUAUCAUC